AUCAGGGAACCAGGGAAUGAUUAUAAUGAGCUAAGUUGAACAGCUUACUAUUUAUUAAGCGCCUAUUAUGUAUGGCAUUCUCCUAAUGACUGGAGGCCCUGCAGUAUUUUAUCAGUAACUGACCAAGAAAGAGAGGUGGCGGAAAGGAAUGACAGAUACAGAGCAGAGAGGAGGCUUUAAGCUUUGAGCCCAGGUAAUAUAGAUUUAGGGAUACUAUUCUAAGAAAGAGAGACCAUGGAAAGCAGUUGGGAAUAGAAAAUAAUCAAUUUGGCUUUUGAUGCGCUCAAUUUAUCUUGCAUAAAAACCCUGUCAUAGAGAUCUCUCAGAGGCAGCUGUAAAUGCUGGUCAGAGGAUAGAGUGUGCCUAGAAAUCUAUAUUUGAAGCCAUUUCUAGUCUAUUAACAUCUGAAGCCCGGGAAAGGGAUGGGAUGAACAAAGAUGAAAUAGUGAGAGGGAACUGGACAUUUGACUCUCGAGGAAAUUUUGCUCUUUCAGAGGAGUAAAAGGGGAAAGAACGUAGGAGAUAGAGAAGAAACAUCAGAAGUUAGGCAAGAGAGAUUUCAAGAACCGGGUAGCUGAGAAUACCAAUUAAGAGGUGAGUACUUUUUAAUUAUUUAGGAGAUACCAGAUGAUUCAAAAGAAUCAGUAGGAAAUAAAAUGAUGGCGCGAUUAAACAUCUAUUUUGCUUUCCUUUGAGAAACUUAACUAUGAAAAGGAGGGGGGGAGACUGUGGCAAAAAAUAAUAAGCUGAGAAGUUUUCAUAUUAGUGCUGUCACUAAUCCCUGCUUCGUAUGAUCCCGCACAAAGCACUUAACCUCUCAAGCCAUCAAUUUCCUUGUAAAUAUAAAUGGUAUGAAUAAUAUGUAACCUACUCGUUUUACAAGACAUGUUCAGGAGCCUGCUUCCCCAUCAGACCGUAACCCCCAUACCUGUCCUACUUAAUGUUAAUAUUCCCACAGCCUCCGGAGCCUACACGUUAAUCACACAAAGGAUGUUUACUGAAUAACCUGUAAAGUCUGAGCAGUAACAAGCUCCGCCUUGACGGCGGUCUGACUGUUCACCCCCACCGCAUCGUGCACCUUCUCGUGCAUUCCCUCCAAUGUUCUUCAGCACCCCGACAUAAGUACAAUGGUCCCCUUUUCACAGAUGAAGACCCGGGAGUGAAUGAGUAAUAGUAACAGGCCCAAAGCCUUCAACCGCUCAGUCUUGAAGAUGCGAUGACUUUUUUCACUCAAAAGCCACAGAGCCACAACACACGCAGACGAAGACGAAAAAGAACAAUGGCGAAGGACUCUUCUCAACGUGAAGGACUUCCGGGGGAAAAGAGCCUGUCUUCCCGCGCUUGCUCCUCCCUGUCCCUAGGCCGGAGUAGUGGUGCGCCUGCACUAAACCCGAUCUCCGCCAGGCCUCACGAGCUUCAAGGCUACACUCACAGCGCCUCGAGUGCCUAGGCUCCGGCUAGACGCGGAAGAGCCGGUGACUGGUCAGCGCGCCUGCUGAUGACGACAGCGGAAGUGCGCAGGGUAGAGGCGGGGCCUGAGCCCAGAGGGGUUCGGGAUUGCGGAAGUUUUGUGAGGAGGGUCGGGCGGCUAGUUGGGAGUGGUGGUGGUGUAGGAUAAGUUCCGGAAAGGAGGCCACCGCUCAGGGCCCGAGAGCCACCCCUCCCUCCCCCCAGUUUGGGGCCCAUCACACCCGGCGCGAUUCGGCGUCGCUCCUGUUGGCUCUUCUCAAGCCUCGUUCACCCCCCACCCCCAGGGAACCGCCUUGGAUCUCCGCCAUGGCAUCCACUUCCAACAACCUCCAGAAAGCAAUAGAUCUUGCUAGCAAAGCAGCCCAAGAAGACAAAGCGGGGAACUACGAAGAAGCCCUUCAGCUCUAUCAACAUGCCGUGCAGUAUUUUCUUCAUGUAGUUAAAUAUGAAGCACAGGGAGAAAAAGCCAAGCAAAGCAUCAGGGCAAAGUGUACAGAAUAUCUUGAUAGAGCAGAAAAGCUUAAAGAGUACCUGAAAAAGAAAGAGAAAAAACCACAGAAGCCGGUGAAGGAGGGACAGCCGAGUCCAGCAGAUGAGAAAGGGAAUGACAGUGAUGGAGAAGGAGAAUCUGAUGACCCUGAAAAAAAGAAACUACAGAAUCAACUUCAAGGUGCCAUUGUUAUAGAACGACCCAAUGUGAAGUGGAGUGACGUUGCUGGUCUUGAAGGAGCCAAAGAAGCACUUAAAGAAGCUGUGAUACUGCCUAUUAAAUUUCCUCAUCUUUUCACAGGCAAAAGAACACCUUGGAGGGGAAUCCUAUUAUUUGGACCACCUGGAACAGGAAAGUCCUAUUUAGCCAAAGCUGUAGCAACAGAAGCAAACAACUCAACGUUUUUUUCAAUAUCUUCCUCUGAUCUUGUUUCAAAGUGGCUAGGUGAAAGUGAGAAACUGGUUAAGAAUUUAUUCCAACUUGCCAGAGAGAACAAGCCCUCCAUUAUCUUCAUUGAUGAAAUUGAUUCUUUGUGUGGUUCAAGAAGUGAAAAUGAAAGUGAAGCUGCUCGUAGAAUUAAGACAGAGUUCCUAGUUCAAAUGCAAGGGGUUGGUGUGGACAAUGAUGGAAUUUUGGUUCUGGGAGCUACAAAUAUACCCUGGGUUCUGGAUUCUGCCAUUAGGCGAAGAUUUGAGAAACGAAUUUAUAUUCCUUUGCCGGAAGCCCAUGCCCGAGCAGCAAUGUUUAAACUGCACCUGGGGACCACUCAGAACAGUCUAACAGAAACAGACUUCCGAGAACUUGGGAAGAAAACUGACGGUUAUUCAGGGGCAGAUAUAAGCAUCAUUGUACGUGAUGCACUUAUGCAGCCUGUUAGAAAAGUACAGUCAGCUACUCAUUUUAAAAAGGUUCGGGGACCUUCCCGUGCUGAUCCUAACAAUCUCGUAGAUGAUCUCCUAACACCCUGCUCUCCAGGAGACCCUGGUGCCAUUGAAAUGACAUGGAUGGAUGUCCCUGGGGAUAAACUUUUGGAGCCAGUGGUUUGCAUGUCGGAUAUGUUGAGGUCACUCUCCAACACAAAACCCACAGUCAAUGAACAUGACUUGUUGAAAUUAAAGAAGUUUACAGAAGAUUUUGGUCAAGAAGGCUAAACCAAAGAAGAGGAGGAUGUUUACCAUAUGUAUUGUUCCUUCCAUAGAUAUUUUUUGCCUUUCUUGAAUAGCAUCCAGAUUAUUUCCAGUGAAACUCUUUUACCACAGGGAAAUUAUACAUCUUACUUCAGAGUUCCUUUAAGUUUUAUAUUGUACUUUUUCUCCAUUAUGUAUCAAAUGCUCCUAUUAAUAAAUAGUAUAAAAUAAUAGGUUAUAAAGAAAUGAGUGCUACAUGAAUGGCAAAAAAAGGAAAUUACCCAUUAAAAAAAUGUAUUAGAAAUUCACAUACAAAUCUUUAAAAUUUUCAUGAAUGGUGGUCUUUAUAAAGAGCAUUUAUCAUUCAUUUCUUUUGGACUAAAAUGAAAUAGGGCUUAUUUUAUAUUUUUAAAACGUUCUUCAACAUCCAUUUUUAUUAACAAUGUAAAAUUUA